UUUUUAAAAUAUUAGGCACUGAAUUAUGGUGCGGUGACGUGACCAGCCCCCACAUGCUCCAAGUUCAUUCAAAAUAGUCUCAAUCGUUUGUGCUUUGUUUGUGCUGGUUUGUGCUGAUAAAAGUUUAGUUUGUGCUGCUUCCGUUUUUAAUAUAUUAGGCAUUAAGUUCUAUGAGUUUACGUCACCAGCCCCACACACGCUCCAAAUUAACCCAAAAUAGUCUCAAUCGUUUGUGCCGGUUUUUGCCGACUGUCUUUUUUAUUUUAACAAUACAGUUGAAGUAACAAGGUAAAAUCCAACGACAAAUCACAUUAAAUAGUCGCAUUCACGUAAUUGUUACCUAUCCACACUGCAUUUUCAGGUAUUUCUGGCAUCUUUCUGAUAUAAGGGGGGCUCCAGAGCUAUCACAACAAUAAUACUGCGUAGUAGCUCUCUUGCAUUGUCCAUGGAUUGUGACUUGAGAAGCUGUGCCAUUGACCUCACAAAGAAAUCUUUAAUGCGAUGUGAUUUUUUCUUCAAGCAGUCCCACUGGCAGAUCAUCUUGAUGCAGUGUGCAACAUCAACCCAAACAAAACAAGGUGGCACUUUUGCUGACACUUUACCGAGUAAGACACCACAACACUCAUUGAUGUAGGUCUUCAGAUCAGGAUGAGGAGUAAAAGCCUUGACCAGAGCUCCAAGCAAAGCCAGAGAAAAGUCACUCACAACCUCUUUUGGAAUUGGUGCACCUGCACGUACCCAUUCUGUCAGCCAAUGUGUUAUUGCAUUAACAUCGUGUCUCUCUGACUGCAUUUGCACCACUGGGACACUUGAACUCUCAUCCCCUGCCAGAACACCCUGAUAUAAGAAGAUAUGGCCAGACAUGCCAUUUGGUCUCUGUAGUUUCCUCACCACUGAGCCAGUUGCAUCAAAACUCACAGUGGGGGUGGCCAAAUUAGGAAGAUGGCUUGGCUCAGGAUCUCCAAAAUCCAUCAGCUUUGUUGCCUCUGAUGCCCUCCAUACAUGGGGUUCCAUUCUACCCCCACACAGUUCUUUGGCUAUAUGCACACGCAGGUUACCAGACAUCGGACGCUUUGAACAUCUAGAGUGCAGGGAGUCAUCUGUGUUUUUAAUUAAACAAUUGAGCAACAUUGGGCUGUUCAUUUCAGGCUCUCUGUCACAUUUUAUGUGAAUGUAGCCAUGACAUUCCUUACAAUUGCCUCUGAUUUCUAGGAAUUUCUCUGUUACUGAUGGAUAGACCUUGGCUCUUUUAAAGACAAAUGUGCAGGGCCUUUUUGCUUCUUCCCAAAUGUGAUGAUUUAUCACAUGUGUCCAGAUGCCAGGCUUCAAAAUUGUGUAUUCCCCUUUUUGUGUUUUAGAGAACUUGUUUUUAUAUUUAACUGUUUUGGGCAUGAAUUCAAUCCAUUUCUGAAAUGGAACUUGAAGAUCAAAAGUCCAGCAAUCUUUUGGUCUUGGGGAAAGGGACCCUGGCUCAAAAUCAGUGUCAUCACUACUGCCACUUGUUUCAUGAUCACUUUCAUAAUCUGUAUGAUACACAGUUGUAUGUUUCAGCGAAGCCAGAGGACAGACAGAAGCUUAGUAAAGUUGAGGAUUGUGUAAAGGACAUUAGACGUUGGAUGUUAACUAACUUCCUUUUACUUAAUUCUGAUAAAACAGAAAUACUUUUAUUAGGCCCACGUGUGGCUAGAAGUAAUCUUUCUGAUCACAUGGUUACUCUGGAUGGUCUUUCUGUUUCAUCAUGUACAGCAGUUAAAGACCUUGGAGUGACUAUUGACUCCAGCCUAUCAUUUGAUGCUCAUGUGGAUAAUAUUACUAGGAUAGCUUUCUUUCAUCUCAGAAAUAUUUCUAAGAUAAGAAACAUAUUGUCACUACAUGAUGUGGAAAUACUAGUUCAUGCAUUCGUCACCUCUAGAUUAGAUUACUGUAAUGCCUUACUGUCUGGAUGUUCCAGUAGGAAUAUAAAUAAGCUCCAGUUAGUCCAGAAUGCAGCUGCUAGAGUCCUAACUAGAACUAGAAGAUACGACUAUAUCACACCAAUAUUAUCAGUACUGCAUUGGCUCCCAGUAAAAUCUCGCAUUAACUAUAAAAUACUUUUAUUAACCUAUAAAGCACUAAACGGUCUCACGCCACAAUAUCUAAGCAACCUUUUGGUUUUAUAUGAUCCGCCAUGCCUACUUAGAUCAAAAGAUGCAGGCUAUUUGACAGUACCUCGAAUAGUGAAGGCUACAGCAGGGGGAAGAGCCUUCGCUUAUAGAGCCCCACAGUUAUGGAACAGUCUUCCUAUUAGUGUUUGGGACUCAGACACAGUCUCAGUGUUUAAGUCUAGGCUUAAAACGUAUUUGUUUACUCAAGCCUACCCUGACUAGAUUCUGUUCUUCUACUUUGCAGUCAUAAUAAUCUCCCUCUCUCCUUUCGCCGAGCCCCACACGAAUUUAUGGAGAUACUAGAGAUCCAGAUCCUCUCUGCCUCUGGAUGGAGCUCAAAUCUUCUCUAAUUCCAGACUGCUGAGACUACGGCUGCUCCUAAGGCCAUACAGACUUCAUAUAAAUUCAUAAUGAACUUUUUCACACUACCUGUUGUUACCCAGAUGAGGAUGGGUUCCCUUCUGAGUCGGGUUCCUCUCAAGCUUUCUUCCUCUUAAAACAUCUUAGGGAGUUUUUCCUUGCCACCGUCGCCACUCAGUGGCUUGCUCAGUUGGGAUAAAUUCACACCUUUAAUAUCUGUAUACCAUGUUGAUAUUUCUGUAAAGCUGCUUUGAGACAAUGUCUAUUGUAAAAAGCGCUAUACAAAUAAAAUUGAAUUGAAUUGAAUUGAACUGAAUCAAACCCUAAAGCAGUCCAAAUGUUGUGUCUGUUCAAUUUAACAAAUGUAUAUAGAGCCUUUGCAGUGAUCUUGUUUUCUACCUGCUCACUAAGCUCUGUCCAGAUGCUCUGAUUAGGAGUAGCUAUGUUGCCAUUUUGGACUAUGGCCUUUUUUGAUGAACAGAGGACUGUCAAAAUUGAAUCCCUGUCGACCGCUGCUUUCUUGGGCAUCUGGCAUAAGCAAAACAUAAUUACCCACUGAAGUAAUCCUGAUGCAAAAAAUGUCAUACACUGUAAACUUGUUUUCAUGUAUUACUGUAUUUGCCAGAAUACAAGGAAAAUAUAGUAAUAAUAUAUAAGGAUAUUAUAUCUUAUAUUAGGACCAAUAUGGUAAUGUUGACAAUCAUAGCUCCAUUAGCCAUACUAGUAUUAACAAUGAGUUUUCUGUUCAAGAAACAUUGACAAUCUUAGCUAUUUGAAUGUUGUACCAUUAUGAUUAAAGUUAACUAAUAAUAUUCUAACUGACAGUGUUAAAAAAUUGUACUUACACUGGCCAGAAUUUUGAUUUAGUAACUGUGUCGACUUUUCCUAUACUAACAACACUAAUUUCCACAAGAGCACCAUGAACAGAAGUGUCACACCUAGUGGUGGGAGUGAAGUGUAACGGAUUAUUCUACUUGUAAAUAAAUGAAAAGUUCAAUCAUGAGAGACCAGUGAAUGAAGUGAAGAGAAUUGUUUAUUGAACAAAUUAUGAUAUGAUUUCUCUUGAAAAAGUCUUCGGCAGUUCGACUCUAAAAGUGUGCUCACACCGAGGAGAUUUGCGCCUAUAAUUCAAUGCCUAAUAUUUUGUAAAUGGAAGCAGCACAAACGAAACUUUUGUCGGCACAAACGAUUGAGACUAUUUUGAAUGAACUUGGAGCAUGGGGGGGUGACCCCAGAAUGACCUAUAAAUAUUCUUUUAAUAUCUCCAAAGCCGAAGCAGCACAAACGAUAAUUUUUACGGCACAAACCAGCACAAACGGUGCACAAACGAUUGAGACUAUUUGGGGUG